AUGGAAAACGGAAAUGCUCCCUUCAUAAGGGACGCUUUGUAUAUAAGUAUGGACGAGAAGAAGACUUUGUCUCUACCUGCAAGCGGGAACUUCCUUACAGUUUUUGUAGAUUCCUCUGGCAAGCGACAGGUGCCACUUUAUAACGUCGUAUGGAUAGAAACUGCCAAUGGUAAUAUCUUCAUUGACUAUGCGGCACAGUCGUCAAAGACGCAUGUCAAACUUGAGAGGUGGGCAUUUGCGCUUGCGAAAGACAACGAAUCUCCAGGUAGCUCGCAGCCAGAAGAAUUUGCGGCCCGUGUUCUUGAACGGGCAUAUGGGGAUUCUCAGCUUCGAAAAAGAGCAUAUGUACUCAUUAAUCCCCAUGCCGGCCCAGGAGGCGCUCUGCGCAAAUGGAGCAACGAGGUCAAGCCACUUUUCGUUGCUGCCCGCAUGGAGCUGGACGUCGUCACAUUGACACGGGGCGGAGAGGCCACAGAUCUCGCUGAACAAGUCGAUAUUGACAAAUACGAUACCAUUAUGGCAUGUUCUGGCGACGGCACUCCUCAUGAAAUCUUUAACGGCCUGGCAAGGCGUCCUGACGCUGCCCAUGCCUUGGCCAAGAUUGCCGUCAGCCAUAUUCCUUGUGGGUCAGGCAACGCCAUGUCCUGCAACCUCUAUGGUUCAUACCGACCAUCGUUUGCGGCGUUGGCAAUCAUUAAGGGCAUCACUACCCCCCUCGAUCUCGUCUCCAUUACGCAAGGCAGUCGUCGCUUCCUGUCAUUUCUCUCCCAGUCUCUGGGGAUCGUUGCAGAGAGUGACCUUGGGACUGAACAUCUUCGCUGGAUGGGCGGUUCAAGAUUUGAGGUUGGUGUUUUGAUGAGAAUAUUUCGACGCCGAUGCUACCCAUGUGAUUUAGCUGUCAAAAUUGAAGUUGGUGAGAAAAGCGACAUCAAGGCUCACUAUAAGUGGCAUACCAACGGUGCAGGGGCCAAACAGCUCCCUCCAGAUGUUGUUGCUACAGGACAAGUCGGCAGUAAAGGUCUCCCGCAACUCAAAUACGGCACCGUUCAAGACCAACUACCAGAUGAUUGGGAACUUGUGCAGUACGAUAAAAUUGGCAACUUUUACUGUGGAAAUAUGGCCUACAUGGCACCGGACGCAAACUUCUUCUCUGCCGCAAUGGCCAGCGACGGCUGCAUGGACCUUGUUACAGUUAAUGGGGAUCUCUCUCCUAUCACGGCCACUAAGCUCUUGUAUUCAGUCGAGUCUGGAAAAUUCUUCGACAACCCACACGUACAGUAUAAAAAGAUAUCUGCGUACCGCAUUGUACCCAGAAACCAAAAAGAUGGUUAUAUUAGUAUUGAUGGCGAGAGAAUCCCGUUUGAACCUUUCCAGGCCGAGAUACAUCAAGGCUUAGGAAGGGUCAUUUCCAAGAGGGGGGCAUUCGAGGCAGCCGGCCCGGCGAACUGGGAUAAAGUGACGCUGGCGGAUCGUAUGCACGCGUAG